AUGGACCAACUCACCAAUAUGUACAGGAAUACGGUAAACAAUCGCAAUCAAGGGGACUUACCUAGUAAGACUGAGGUGAACCCAAGGGAGCAUGUGAAGGCUAUAACCCUCCGUAGUGGUAAGGAAUUAGGUGAGCCGCCGGUAGUUGAAAGUGGAAGAGAGUUUGAAAGAAGAGAAAACAAGCAGUUUAGUGAGUUAGGAGAGGAUGACAAGAAAAUUAAAGGGAAAGGAAAAGUGGAAGAAAAUGAAUCACAAAUGGGAGAUACAACACCAAUUCCUCUACCAGUGUCAUUCCCUCAAAGAUUGAAACUUUCGAGAAAUAACAAAGAAUUUGAGAAGUUUGUCAACAUUUUCAAACAAUUACAUGUUAACAUUCCUUUUGUUGAUGCUAUUUUACAGAUUUCUUCAUAUGCAAAGUUUCUCAAGGAGAUAAUGACUAAAAAAAGGAAGUUAGUAGAUAGUGAGACAAUUACAUUAACGGAAGAAUGUAGUGUCAUCAUACAAAAUAAAUUGCCACCAAAGUUGAAACAUCCAGGGAGUUUCACAGUUCCUUGCACUAUUGAUAAUGUAGAAUUCUUUAAAGCACUUUGUAACUUUGGUGCAAGUGUUUCAUUGAUCCCUUUAACUGUGGCUAGGUCUAUUAGACAUCCAAUGGGCAUAUUGGAGAAUGCGCUCAUUAAAGUACAGAAAUUCAUUAUUCCUAUCGAUUUUAUUGUUUUAGAUAUGGAGGAAGAUGUCAAUGUACCUAUUAUACUUGGUAGACCAUUUUUGGUCACUGCAGGUAUACAAGAGGAACAAAUUGAAGAAAUGACUGAAUUUUUGCAGGCACAGGUUCCUUACAAAAGGAGAAAUGCAUAUAAGGAGUUAGAACUGAGCAAAGGGCUACCUCUACCAUUAUGUAAGCAAGCACCACAAUUUGAGCUUAAACCACUGCCUAAACACCUCAAAUAUGCGUUUCUUGGAGAAAAAGAGACAUUACCGGUAAUUGUCAAUGCAGCACUAGAUAAGGAACAACUAGACAAGCUCUUACAUGUUCUAAGGAAGCAUUUAAAGGCUAUAGGAUGGACAAUUUCUGAUAUCAAAGGAACUAGUCCAACUAUUUGUAUGCACAGGAUUUUGUUGGAAGAAAACUCUAAACCAGUAGUUGAAACUCAAAGAAGGUUAAAUCCAAACAUGAAAGAAGUGGGUAUUGUUUUAGGCCACAAAAUUUCUUCAGAAGGUAUUGAGGUUGAUCAAGCCAAAAUAGAGGUUAUUGAGAGAAUGCCUCCACCUACCAAUGUGAAAAGCAUUCGCAGCUUUCUUGAAUAUGUGGAAUUUUAUCGGCGAUUUAUUAAGAAUUUCUCCAAGAUUGCUAAACUUUUAUGUGAAUUACUUGCAAAAGAUGUUCCUUUUCACUUUAAUGAUGAGUGUUUACUUGCUUUUAAUAGGUUGAAGAAGGAACUUGUCUCCGCACCUAUAAUAGCAUCACCGAAUUGGAGUUUACCGUUCGAAUUAAUGUGUGAUGCAAGUGAUUUUGCAGUUGGGACUGUUUUUGGGCAAAAACAUGAUAAGCGACUUCAUGUCAUUUAUUAUGCAAGUAAAAUGUAA